UGAUCCUCGUCGCUGAAGCCGGGAACCCCGCGAAGUCGGCUUCAUAGUGCCGCGGUACCCGCUAAUCAAAUCGCGCAUUCCGAGAUCUCGCGGUAGUGACCUCUUUCCGGACCACGUCCCUUAAAGCUCGUAGUCUUCGGACCUCGAGGAAACGAUCGUACGUUCACGCAACUUGCGCUGCACGUUGCGAACGUUUCGGUUAUCGGGACAUUCCCAGUGCGAUUCCAUCGUUACACGGUCGCACGUUGCGGCAGCCGCCGAUGAACAACAAACAACUGUGCACGCCGUCGCGAAAGAAGACGAUAAAUCAUCGAGGAAAGGACACGAAAGGAUACCCGGGGUGAUUUACAUUUGUUUUCGUGGACGUUUCGCAGAUAUUCUGCACGGUGGACGCUAUAAAAGGCGAGGCGGAUUAAUUCAGGGAUCGGGCGAACAGGAGGAAUUUUAAGAUUCCGCAGGAAAAAUCCGGCUGCGGACACGGCGGAAAGAAAGUCAUCGGGAGUGUGCGCCGGCAGAUAAUAUCAUAGUCGGCUGAAUGGACGGGACCGUCGGCCGAUGACGAGCCUCGGACGGGUUUGUUGCACCGAUGCCAGAGAAAAAAGGGAAGAAGAGCGUGGCAGGACGAAAAUCGCGAUUCAAGAGCCGUGGAAUUCGUCGUUUCUUACCGGUCGUUGGCGGUCGAGCGUAUUCGGGUCGAAUCGCCAGACGAAAAGGAGGCCCGGCGACAAGCGACGCGACGCUCGGCCGGACCGGCCGAAGGUAUCGCCGCUACGUGAUUCAUUGGGUUUUUCUCUCUAUCGGCAUUCGGGAUUUACAUCGGGCCCCCGGGCCACGAUUUCCAUCGACACGCGUGUAAAAACCGCGCGGCCCGAGCCCGGCUGGCCGAUCAAAGAAGAACGGAGAGGAGAUAGACGCGCGGCUGCGAAGGAGAUUAGAGGAUAGAAACUAAACAAAGCGUGUGGAGGACGCCUAUCGGUGAUCUUCGCCGAAGAUCGUCGAUCGUCCGCGCUCGUCGGAUCGGCCGCGACCAGUUCGUUUCCAACUGCAACCUUUGAAAUUCGUAUUAGGAUCGGGACACGGGCAGCGGCCGUAAGAAAAGCAUCGCCUUUAGCGGCGUUCCCUUGAAUCGCGACUCCGCCGGCGAGCUCGUCGCAUUCUCCGCAGUGUAUCGGCUACGAUUCGAUUCGCAAUUAGAAAUUGAAAACGUGAAGCUCGGAUACCGUGCGACCGUGUUAUCGGUGUCCUAUUUUAAGAGACUCUUCGCGAGACCGCGAGACAAAGACCGUUUCGGAGCUGUUUGCUUUCACGGUUUCAACAUCGUGUCUCAGCGAGAUAAUAUAUAUUGCAACCGCGGAAACACUUCGAUGCACUUUGCAUCAGCCGAUUAUGAAAUCGUCGCGCGUACUGCACGAGGGAUCCGCCGAGUAGAGGGUGUCAGGGCGACCGGAGAUAAUCCCGAGCGAGGUGGAGGACAUUGUAAUGGAAUAGUUGAUAAAGCGGGAGAAGAGAGGACGUCGCGGCUCGUUUUCACGGAGAAAAAUCGCCGCGAUCGCAGCAACAUAGCCAAGGUUAUGGUCGAGAUAAACCGGUGCUUGUGAACAGAUAAGACGUGGACUGCCGCUUUGAAGGCUAGCGCGCGAGAGAUCGGACGAGUGCGCGGCUGGUUAGAGGUCCGCUCGGAUCUCGUCGGAAGGUGUUGCCCGUUACAUCGGAGCUCGAUUCACGAUCUCCACCUGUCGAUUGGAUCCGUCUCGAUCGAGCUGCGCAGGAGCGACUGAAAUUCCGCCGGAGAGUGUCAGCGAUGCCAGACGCACGACACUGUCCACGAUCGUGGCUGCUUUGAAGUGACAGUUUCCUGUUUUCCUGGACGGUUCGGUACGUCGCGGUUCUUGUGACACGUGCAUUUACGAUCGUCGAAGAAAAGCAUCGAGAAAUCGAAUUACCUGGAUCCAAGGCCCCUCGUGCGAGAGGAUUGCGCGCAGCGACGGAACGACAUCGCCGGCUCGAGUUAAUAAACCGCGGGACGCCGUCGAGGACGCUCGAUUCUAUCGAUCAUAUAACACUUGUAAUCGCGGUUUCCCAGCACCUUGACUCACCGCCUUUCUUUUCGGAAUUCCGCAGACGGUGGUAUUUACCAACAAGCUAUUCAACCGUGUCUACUACUAGCGGCGCGGCGCUCGUAAACAUUCGUAAGCGUACGCCAGUCACGCUCGGCGAUCCAGCAAUCAGUGAUCCAUGGCGCGGAGAUGUUGGCGCUUCCCUUACGCGCAAUCAUACACGAUCGUUCAACUGACAAGCGGCCGCACAAUUUUUCUUUUGUCCAGAUAGACAAAGUCAUCGGAAGGUGAGAGAGGCGAUAGUCACCUUGAAGACCGAUCGCCAUCAGCGUGUACUUCGCGACGAGAUUACGACGAACUUUGGACGAUCGUACGAUAAAGAACCGCGUCAUUUUUCUUCUUUCCACGAUACGGAAACAGUCCGCCAAAGACGAAACCACUUGCCUCGAUUGCGACCCUUUCGAUCGCCGCAAAGAAACCGCUUCGGCGAGGCUGAUCGAUAUCGGCUCUCCGAUCAUUUACAUCGAAUUCGCGAUGACCGUGGAUUACUAGACGCUGCGGCAGACCGAUGACAUUGCACUGUGACAUUGGAAUUGUGGAGUGAAUAUAGUUUUGUGUGCGUAGUGUUCUUCGGUGAACAGCUAGCUGAGUUCGCAGCAGACUUGUCGCAAGCGUGACCAGAGACUUGGCUACCUCAGCUUCCUCGAGAUCCGUCGAAGGCUACACUAGACGGUGCCUAGGAUAGGACUUAAGCUGUGGACUUGAGAAAAGUGAGAGACGGUACCUGUUUCCACGGCUGCUGCUUCCUGCUCUUAUACUGGAGCUGUACUUGCCGUACGCACCACUGCCGGGGGGUGGCGGAAUCCUCCCGGCGGUGAGCAGCGGAUCCACUUCAGGAGGGUGUCGUCCGGUACUGUUGGGUGGCGUCGAUUUGUCGAUGUCGGCUGCAGUACAGCCGGUCGCGACGCUACCGACGCUACCGACGCUACCGAGUAGCGGUCCGCCGCCUCAUAAUCCGCUCCACCAUACACCUGGGGGACUUCCGUUGCCGCCGUCGCUGGGAUCGGCGCCGGUGAUGAUGCCGCGACCACCGACGAGCUCCAUGCCACCUUUGGGACCCUCUUUGCCGCCCUCGCAUCAGGACGCCGCCGACUUGGCGGAGGCUGCGCCCAACCAGGACGUCCUUCUGGCUCUACUCGCCAGGAACAAGAACCUAGAAGAACGGAAGAUUCAAAGACCAAGCUGUUUUCCGAUCAAGGAAGAACCUUCGAUACCGAAGUGCGGCGGUUGUCAAGAAGCUAUCUUGGAUAAAUACAUUCUGAGAGUCCUCGAGAGGUGUUGGCAUGCAAGGUGUCUAACGUGCCGAGACUGCGGAGCUAGGCUCACCGACAAGUGUUUCGCGAGGAACGGUCACGUUUUCUGUAAAGACGACUUCUUCAAGUGUGGCAGGCUUUUCGGGACGAAAUGCGCGGGCUGCGGCCAAGGAUUGGCACCGUCGCAAGUUGUACGAAGGGCACAGGAGUCGGUCUACCACCUGACAUGCUUCUCGUGUGCCCUUUGCUCCCGGCAACUGGACACAGGCGAUCAAUAUUACCUUAUGGAGGACAGGAAGCUCGUAUGCAAGCCUGAUUAUGAAGCAAAAGCGAAAGAACUGGCUGAUGGGGGCAGCAUAGAUGGCGACCAACCGAACAAAAGGCCGAGGACAACCAUCACCGCGAAACAAUUGGAGACUCUUAAGUUAGCGUACAACACCAGCCCGAAGCCUGCGCGACACGUACGAGAACAACUCUCUGCGGACACAGGACUUGACAUGCGUGUGGUUCAAGUUUGGUUCCAAAACAGGAGAGCAAAGGAAAAGAGACUGAACAAAGACGCGCGCAACACGAGAUUCUCCCAUUUCUUCCGUGUGAAAGGAGCAGGAGCUGGUGGACAUUCACCAAGGCAUGAUAAGCUGCUCGAUAAAGACGAACUGAAAGUCGACCUUGAUUCCACUUUUGGCCAUCACGAUUUGAGUAACGACAGUUACGGAACAGUGGUGAACAUGGGAUUGGAUGGCGAAGGCGCGAGUCCAGGUGGAGGUGGGAUUGGAGCAGGUGGCGGUCCUCCACGCGGAUAUAUAGGUGCAACGACACCUCCUUAUAUCUCAACAACGUCCAGAUCACCGUCCUUACCACCUCAGUUUCCAUAUCCGCCGGAUGCUGGCUUCUCCGUUUACACCACCCUCAGUGGUGCAGGCAGCAUGGUACCAGGACCGGCGUCCGAUUUGAGCAACGAAUCAAGCGGGGGCGGAGGGGGCGGCGGGGGCGGCGGCGGAGGUGGUUACCCAGACUUUCCACCUUCGCCCGAUUCAUGGCUCGGCGAACCACCACCCCCGCACGCUCACCACCAUUCCCACUACGCCACAUAACCCGGCAGACGUGCGCGUCGCCAAAUACCGUUCGGAAGAACGGAUCGGCACAAAGCGUUCACCUGACAUCCCCUUCGACGAGGCAGGACUCCGUUGAAAGAUUACCGGGAGUCCUCCAUCAGACAAGCCGCGUCCUCCUUCGUCGGAUCUACGACGCUAAAUCCUUGAGCCUCGGGAGGAUCCUCGGUGUUCUAGUUGAACCUGAAGCGGACCCCUCCGAGCGAGGAAUCGAUCGAGGCCCGUCGAUCGAGGACCGACUCGAGCCAGGGAGUGGAUUUUACACAUUUCCAUCGUACUUUUGCACCGUCCCGGCCGGUUUCCCGUCAUCGGAAUGAUGCCACUUUGUCGCUGUCGUCUGACGUUAGGCUACGGAUCCAUCGCUGACAACGAACAAAACAUUCCUUCGAUAUCGAUGAUAACAGAAAAUGAAAAAGAAACUGGAACUUUCUUGAUCCGGCGAAGGCGGAAAUUGUAAAUAUUCCGAUCGUCGUGUAAACGACGCGGGGAAGAUUAGAGAGUAAGUUCCUCGUUUCUCUCGCGAAGCGACAAACAAGGAUCGACAAGGUGAUCGUGCUUCGCGAUGUUCGUUCGAUGGACACGUAGCUUCGCGUCUCUGUCGCGCGUGCGCUACGAAUUCGAUAGUGCGAUUAAUCUAAAUAUAUUUAUGUACAAGUUCCUCGUUUCCCGAUACUAAUGAAGUUUAAUCAUCGAUUAAAGAAAAUCUAGAAGGUAGUUUAUAGACGUGCCGCCAGCCGGAGACUCGUCGCAGCCGGAUCGGGUCUCCGACGCGUUGGAUGACCGGCGAACGAUCGUCUGCUUUUCGAAGAUAUACAUACCCUUUGGCCUCGAUCGAUUUCGCACCAUCGAGAUACAUGUUUCGAAAAGACAGUGUGUUCCCGUCGAGGGGCAACCUUUGAGUUUCUCAGUGAAUUCCGUCGAACCGGUCGCGUGGAACUGCGACUAUGCUUCGGAUGGGGAUCGUCACCGUCGUCGACGUCGGAUGUGAUCAGGUCACGUGUCUGUGGCAUACCGCGCGCUUACGCGACGUUACAAGUUUCAGGUGUCGUUUAUUGUAAAUAGUACCAGAUUAGAUUCUAAACGUACUCUAAAUAAAGGAGAAGUGAUCGAGGUGGAUCCGAGGGAGGAGGGAAAGGAGGGAGGAUCGGCGUACAGUGAUCUUCGCACGAGCGACGCCGUCCGCAAACAAGAAAACUCGACAGAAAAUUUUCAGGACCCUGAACCACCAAUCAUUAUCCCAAACCAACCCGUCGGACGAUUCGAUGGAAUCGUUCUUUCGCGGUUUCUUCGUCGACAAGUUCCUUUUGCAACGCGGUGUACAGAAAGGUCGAUAUCGGAUUCGAUCGCGGCAUUCGUUUAGUUUCGUCGACUUUCCGACGCAGACGAUUCGGAAAUGGAAUUCUUUCGCAUCGAUCUUUCGUCUUGAACGCUUCAGGGAGCCGAAAGUCGAGAUGCGAUCUCUAAUUGUAGUCGAACGACGAUCGGGUAUCAGUUCUCGGAACAGUGUUGCGUUUUAUUGUAGAGUAGUUUCUUAUCGGUGGGUCGCUCCGGCCCGUUGCUGUUUCGUCCGAAAAAGUAAAAUUCUCGUUUCGAGGUUUAAUUAGAUCGUAGCUCGACUUUGCUAACGCGAUUAAAACACGCUGGAAUCAACAUCGCCGCCGACAGAGAUUUUGUUCGCAGAAACACAUAUCGGAUCCGAUCCGAUAAUUUCGCGUUUGUCGGGAUUCGCGUGUGUCUCCUUCUACCGAUUUACAAAGUUGACAAAGUUGAGCCUUGUCGAUUGGGAGAAGUCGAUCGAUCGAUGAAACUUUGAACGAAUUGUUCGAUUGCGCUUCACGACGUGAACUCGAUAUUCUUCCGGUUCUGUACAUAACUGCGAGAGCGUAAUUUUGUUCAUUUUGGUGUAUUUUCAAAAUGGUAUACGAUUCAGUUCCCUCCGGUUUUACGGAAACGGUUGUCCGAUUAUGUUCUUGCUUGUAAAGGAUUAACAAUGUUUGUAUUAUCAAUGUCAUAACGAUGUCAAUUGUACCCUCGUCUCGACGAAUGUAUGCGCAAUCUGUAUAAUUUGUAUAUGUAUAUAAUAUAUAAUAAGCGCGGGAUACAGUAACAUGCGAAAACACGAUUAGAUUUAUAUUGAACCGAUAAUCAAAAGCGGCGGUAUCGAUCGAUCGAUCGAUUGCGAUCUCCGACGGCUAAAACUUUUUGUGUAUAUUCACCUGUAACGAUGUGAGGCUCGCUUCGAACGUUUGUACAUACUGAUCGCCCAACUAAUUCUCGCCGCUUGACGCCUGUGCGAUCGCUGCGACCGCUGCGAGCGGUGUACAGCCUAACGGCAGGAACCAUUUGAACACCUAUACACAUCACAAAGUUGUUAACGCUAUCGAACUAUUUUUAAAGACAAAAAUUGUAUCGCCUCGUAUUAUUCGGAAGAGUACCUAACGAGAGUACCCGACGAUAGCGCGCGUUACGCGACACAAACGAGGAUCGAGGUCAAAGAACGGAUAUCGCUGUAGAAUUGUACAUAUUAUACGUCGCGUCGUCCCUAAAUUCGUUUUAACCGCGAGAAUUCGAUUAAUUGUGAAACGAAGUAAGAGACGAGAAUAGGUAUUACUUUCGUCAGGUAGGAGAAUUGUAUGUUGUACAGUUACGAGGACCGAUACGGUGCUUCUCACACUGGGUUUCGUAAACGGAAAAGAAACGUAAGAAAGGAAAAAGAUUCGCGUGACCGGCGCAGUUCAUAACUUCAUCGACACGAGUUACUACGGAUCUUUAUAUUAUUAUCUAGUCAUCGAGUGAUAAUAAAAAUUCUAUCAUAAUCUAUA